UAAUCGCAAUAGAUUCGUACAUUGUGCCCAGCUCAUAAUAAGCUGCCAACGAUCACACACGGUUUUCCUGGUGGGAUCGGCUUAUACGUACUAACUUGCGGUAAAAAGAUUUAUAUUCAUCAAUCAUCUUAUGCCCAUCAUGUCGGCCACCACCGCGACGGCUGGAAAGAAGCAAGAGUCUCAGGGAAUGCGCAAAAAUGGAAAGCAAUGGCACCCCCAGCGGAAAGCGUUUCGACCGGGAUCUGGCUUAACUUCAUAUGAGAAACGAACGAAACUGCGCAUGGAAACAGCCGCGAUGAAAGCAAGAGAAAAGGAGAUGAAGGAAGAGAAAGAGGCCCAAAGACAGCAACGAGUACAAGCAAUCAAGGAAAAGCGGGCGGCAAAGGAAGAGAAAGAGCGGUAUGAGAAGAUGGCAGAAAAGAUGCAUAAGAAACGAGUUGAGCGCCUGAAGAGAAAAGAAAAGCGGAACAAGCUCCUCAAUUCGUGAUCCGCAUCUGGGUGUCCUUUUACAUACCUACAUACAGAACCACCUACAUCCACGGCUACCUCUCUUUACGAAGCAGGGGAAGGGCAUCAACACGGACCAGUCAACUAUUGAUAAGGACGGCGUAAUUGGACCAGAAAGCGGGAUUCAUCUUCAAUUGAUCAAUUCAAGAAGAUUGUGGGGAUGAAGUCGGUCCGGAGUCGUCGAAUUCUAUUCCACUGGUGUUCAUGUAAGGGAGAGCAGCAUUUCAGUUUAUGAGAUGCCUGCUGUGUCACCACCAGAUCGGACGCCACAAAGUAUCACGGAUCUUGAAGUGCAAAAAGAUAAGCUGGUAGGUGAAAGAGGAAUGAUGACGGGCUUAAAUAGUUCGCAACGGUCAAAGCGAUAAGCGCCAUCUGAUGUUAGCAAUAUCCAUGCAGUGGAUGAAAACUGCCAUUUAAAUACCAUCACGAAUUCUCGUCAUCUAUGAUCAUGUAUACAACCCGAC